UUAAAAAUUACUUGUUAUCUCUUGACUUUGCUAUCUAUAUAAAACGCAAAAGUUGUUGAAAUUACGUAUUAGUUUCAAAAAUGUUGCAUUUAUUGAUGUUAGUAAUUUUACGAGUUGCUGCUUCCGAAGAUGAAGGUCUUUUAGUGAGCACACGCAACGGAGAUAUCCAAGGGAAGAUGAUGGAAAUAAAGUCGGGGAACGAAAUUAGGGCUUUCUUGGGAAUUCGAUAUGCAAAGCCACCAAUUGAAAACUUAAGGUUCAUGCCUCCGCAACCGUUGGAGAAAUUGCAAGGUGUGCAAAUGGCAACAACAAUCCACGCAUCUUGUCCGCAAGUAAUUACCUACAUACCAGGAAGCCAGUUCGAAGGUGAAGAGGACUGUUUAUAUCUCAACGUAUAUGCACCAAAGGUUUCCAAUAAACUUUUACCGGUUAUGGUGUAUAUACAUGGCGGAGGAUUUCUGUUUGGUGGAGGAAACACACUUACCCAUGGACCAGACAAAUUACUCGAUGAAGAAAUCGUAUUGGUAGUAAUUAAUUAUCGAUUAGGUCCUCUGGGUUUCUUGUCAACCGCAGAUGAGGUAGUCCCAGGCAACAACGGUUUGAAAGAUCAGACAAUGUCGUUGCGUUGGGUGCAAGAGCAUAUUCAAUAUUUCGGUGGAGAUCCAACGCAAGUAACUAUUUUCGGUGAAUCUGCCGGAGGCGCUAGCACACACUUCCACGUCAUCUCUUCACUUAGUAAAGGUUUAUUCCAAACGUCAAUUUCGCAAAGUGGAUCUGCUUUUUGUCCUUGGGCUUUGUCUUCGCCAAGAGAAGCUUACGAUUUAGGUAGAAAAAUAGCCAAGCUUUUGGAGUGUCCCACUGAAAGUAGCGAGGAAAUGGUAAAGUGUUUGAAAACAAUUGACGUGAAGAGAUUUUUCCAAGUCCAAGCUCAAUUUUUGCAUUGGGACGUUGAUCCUUUGACAAUAUUUGUUCCUGUGAUCGAAAUUGAUCAUGACGGUGCUUUUAUAUCGAAACAUCCAGAAAACAUUAUAAAAUCUGGUGAAGUAAAUCGCGUUACUUGGAUAACCGGAUUGACAAAGGACGAGGGAGCGAUAAGAUGUUGCGGAAUUGUUGGCCGUGGACGCUUCGAUGAGUUUAAGAGAGACUUUGAUAAAAUUACUCCAGCUUCAUUGUUUUAUAAAGGAAGAGUGUCAUCUGAGAAAACGUACACUAAGAAAAUUCGUGAUUUUUAUUUUAAGAAAGAAUUUUCUGUGCAGCAGACUACUCACAUGUAUACAGAUGGUUUAAUUUUGAUGAGCUUACAAAAAGCUUUGAAUCUCCAUAGGAAGUACUCCAAGAUUCCGUUAUAUUUUUACUUAUUUAAUUAUAGUGGUUCGAUGACUUUCACAGAAAUCUUUGGCGAUAAGGAUAACGAUUAUGGUGUAUGUCAUGCAGAUGAAUUAAUCUAUCUGUUUCCAUACGAGGACGUGUUCUUCGGUGGAAGAAAACCGUCGGAAAACGAUGUGUUAAUGACGAAAACGCUGACUAAACUUUGGACUAACUUCGCUAAAUACAAGCAACCAACCGUGAGUGACUCAAAUUGGUCGCACGCCCAAUGGGAGCCGGUCCAGACUGAUAGCAACGAAUACUUUUACAUCGGAGGACCUGAUGAGUUUAAAAUGGAUGCAAAUAUGUUCCCGGAACGCGUGCAGUUCUGGAACGAAUUGCAGGCUUCGUCAGAGUACAAGGACGAACUGUAGAGAUUUAUACUACAUACAAAUAUUUUUUCUUUUAGUAGUAGAAGUAGCAAAGAUUGUGCAAUAAAGAUUAUUUGAAUAAGUAA